AUGGCCGCCACGAUGCCCCUCACUCUAGCUCAAGCCAUCACCCCCUCUCGAGAAGCAUGCAACGCGCUCAAAGCCAAGAGCAACCCUUCGCGCAGUACCCGCAUCAUGGGCAAAUCAUCUCACAGCCGCACCGAUGACGACAACUCCUCCUGUUCGGACUUCGUUUCCCCUCCUCCGCGGAACUCGACCGAACAAAGGGAAUGGGACCGCAUGUCGACACGUAUGAGCAUGUUCCACACCCACUUCCGACAAACUUUUGCGCGCGUGUGGCAGAUGAGCGAAAAGGUUUCGCCGGACGAGUUGCAAGACUUUCUUGAUUGCGCCGAAGAAUUCGUGAGAUCACUCCUUUUUCUCGGCGAUCCAGCUGGCUCGACUGCGAUAUUCAUUUCAGUUCUAUCCGUGCAGGUUCACCAUCUCGAAGGCCAUCAUGGUAUCGAAGAACGCUACAUCUUUCCUGUGCUCGCGAAGAAGAUGCCCGAGUUCCGAGUCAGUCUCCUUUCUGAUCGAGGGAUGGUGCGAUAAUCCAUGCUCACCUCUCGCAUGGUUUUGCCUUAUUACAGGAAGAACACCUCGAUGAGCAUGAGCAGAUCCACGCCGGUAUGGACCGCUACCAGGACUACAUCCGCGCAGCCAGAGCUACACCCACUGCAUUCAGUCCCGAAAAAUUGCGCGAGGUCAGUCCCGCAGAACUUCGAGACUCAAGACAAUGCACGUACUGAAUUAUGUCUCAUCACCGUCAUAGAUCAUGGGCUCGAUGGGGCCGAUCCUAUUUUACCACCUCGAUGCCGAGGUCGAGACUUUGAAGGCCGACAACCUGAGACGAUGUGAGCUGUCCCCCUCUAUCUCUACUCUGCCACAACGACGUAUUCCUAAUCUCGUCUCGGUUCAUAGAUUAUACGCUUGA